AUGGCAAUCUAUUUUGAAAUAUUUGGAGGCACUAUAAUGGCCUUUAAAAAGGAUCCAAAUACUUAUGGAUGGACUUUGAAUGAUUCUCUACAUUUCUGCAACUGGCAAGGAGUAACGUGCGGUCGACAACAUCGAAGAGUGACUGCCUUGCGUCUAUCAUCACUCAAAUUGGCAGGUGACCUUUCUCCUCACAUAGCCAACCUCACGUUCCUUAGGGUGAUCAAUCUCGGGAACAACAGCUUCUGUGGAAAUGCGCUCGGAGGGGAAAUACAUGCCGAGCUAGGUUCUUUGUCUAGGCUCCAAAGUCUUCUACUAGCAGCAAACAACUUCAUAGGAACAGUUCCCCCUUCGUUAGGGAACAUCUCUUCUCUCCUUCAUCUUUCCGUAUAUCAGAACCACCUCGAAGGAAACAUUCCUAGUGAGCUCGGGCAGCUCUCAAACUUUAAAUUUUUGCAGUUGGGUUUAAACUUCUCUGGUACAGUUCCUAAGCAACUGUAUAACAUCUCAUCCAUUUACUUCUUGUCUGUACUUGAUAACCAGUUACGAGGCCAAAUCUCUCUUUACAUAGGCUUGACCCUUCCUAAUCUUGAGGUCAUUUCUCUUGCGGGAAACAAGUCUUCAGGGCCAAUUCCAACAACAAUAGUCAAUUCCUCAAGGCUCAUAAAACUCGAUAUGGGUGGGAAUUCUUUGUCAGGGUCAAUACCAAAGAAUUUGGGAAGCCUUCAAAAUAUACAGUUCUUAUCAUUUAGCGAGAACUUCCUUGAGAGUUCCGAUGAUUUCAGUUUUCACACUUCAUUGACUAAUUGCACCAAUCUUCGUACCUUAUUGUUUUCCUACAACAACCUCACAGGUGUUUUGCCAGAUUCAAUCGGUAAUCUCUCUGCAAAUCUAAAUUAUUUGAUGAUAAAUUCAAAUUAUAUAUCAGGUACCAUACCGAAAGAGAUAGGAAACCUUGUAGGCUUGGAGUUGCUUGCAUUAGAUGAAAACAUGCUCACAGGUUGUAUCCCCGAUUCUAUUGGAAAAUGUUCCAAGUUGAAAUCUUUCCAUGCUUACACAAAUAGAAUCACAGGGGAAAUUCCUCAUUCUUUGGGAAAUAUAACCGAGCUAAUUGUUUUCGACUUAUCUGAUAAUUUUCUAGAAGGAGGCAAACCUGCAUUUUUAGGUAACUUCAUUCGCUUGGAAGUAUUGGAUCUUUCGCAGAAUCGUCUAAAUGACACAAUACCAAAGAAAGCUAUCGGUCUCUGUUCCUUCUUAAGAGCCCUUUCCUUUGCUUCAAAUAGUUUAACGGGAACUUUACCACCAGAGUUGGAAACUAUGAACUCUUUUGAAGGAACUAUUCCUUCUUCCUUCAGAAAAUUGAGAAGCUUACAAGAACUUGAUGUUUCCCACAAUAAUUUGUCUGGCCAAAUACAAGAGUUUUUGGGUGAACUUCCUCUUUUCACCAAUCUCAACCUGUCGUUUAGUAGCUUUGAAGGCAAAGUGCCGACGAAAGGAGUGUUCAACAACAUCAGUGCAUUCUCAAUCGUUGGAAACAACGAGUUAUGCGGAGGGAUCAAGCCACUUCGAUUGACUACUUGUCCUACAGAAAUUGCAAAGAAAAGGAAAAUCUUCCCACGUAGAGCGAUAAUUGUGACCAGUUUUGUCCUCUUUGUUGUUUUGUUCUUAACAUGUCUCUUUGCAAUCAAACGACGGGGAAGAUAUGGUUCAGUCUAUAAAGGGAUUCUAAGUUCUGAUGAUCAAACAGAAGUUGCUGUGAAAGUACUUAAUCUUCAACAGCGGGGUGCCGACCAAAGUUUCAAAUCUGAAUGUGAAGCCCUUAGGAAGCUUAGGCAUCGCAAUCUCGUCAAGGUCAUUACUUCAUGCUCAAGCAUUGAUUUUCAAGGUAACGACUUCAAAGCCUUGGUGCUCGAGCUUAUGCCAAACGGGAGUUUAGAAACUUGGUUACAUCCAAGUUCAACCAAGGUACACAAUUCACCAAGCUUAAAUCUGAUUCAGAGGCUCAACAUUGCCAUUGAUGUAGCCUCUGCAUUAGAUUAUAUUCAUUCCCAAUUCGACAAGCCGGUCGUCCAUUGUGAUCUAAAGCCGAGCAAUAUUCUUCUCGAUGCUGACCUUACAGCCCACAUUAGUGAUUUUGGCCUAACAAGAUUUCUUUCAGAGACAAUCUAG